AGAAUAUCUGCAGGUUAGUGUGAGACUCAGCCGUUAGAACGAUCAUUGAGGACUGGAGAAGAGAGGAAGGGAGGAAGGAUAAUUUUACAACUGGAGAAGAGAGGAAGGAUAAGGCAUGGUCUGGGGGGCUCUGUCUCCUCUGCAGUGGGCUCGGUGGGGCUGGGACACCCUAUACAGAGACACCAGCCCUGGGGAUGGGGACAGCCCUACUAACCCUACUCUGGGGAUGCUCCAGAGACUGUCCUGGGGGUCCCAACACCAUGCCAUGAUCCUGGCCAGACAGAGGAGCUCAGACUCUGACGGAGCGUUCGAGACACCGGAAUCGACCACCCCUGUCAAGUCCCCCACUGGAGAGACAGACUGUCAUACCCAGCUGCUGACCUCGGAAGACACCGGUCUUGGCUGUGACUCUGAGGCAGAUGGUGAACCCGGGUCAGAGGCUAAAGGUCACCAUGGUAGCUCCCUGUCCAUAGUCUUUGACGAGGACAAGCCCAUAGCUGCUAGCGGAGCGUAUAACCUAGACCAGCUCAUAGCUGCUGCUACUGCUGCUGCUGAGGCCCAGAGCCGAUCAACUCUAACCCGCUCUCUGAGCCUCCAGGCUGGGGAGCUAGACGGCUCCGGCCCCCUAGACGGCGUAGGAUCCUCCCUCUCAACCGGAGACUCCCUUCCCUUGGCUGAGGCCUUUAGUAUCGACAGUGGUACUGAGAGUGCUCCUGGGACCCUCCGCAGACCGUCCAAGAAGGGGCCUCUCCGCCCUGGCGGCUCCCUGAAACAGAAGCCUCUCCUCAGGCAGAGCUCUAACCCAGAGAGCCCCCAACCUCCAUCCUCUGGUAUCACACCGGAGCUGAAAAAGAGCACCAGAACAUCUAGCCCCCUAUUGGGCUCCGAUGACCAGGAAGUAGGAGGAGCCACAACAGACUCUGGCCCUGCCUCGGCCACGCCCAGUCCAGGAGGCACGCUCCGCAGAACCAGGAAGUCACGCGUGGAAAGCCCCGCUCCUCUCAUUGAAGAGACCAAUCACACUAGCCCAGCGACAGAUAACCAACCAAUCCCAACCCCUACUCCUGUUCCGACCCAGGCCAUUUCCAUACCCCUCCGACAGGAGGAUACCCCCAUCCCAGUGCCGGAAGCCCCUCUCCCAGCCAGUGAGGGCUCCUCUCCCAUCCCCCCUAGUGGGGCCUACAAAUGGGACCCAGACAACUUUGAGGACAUCGACCCAUUCAACACCGGAGGUAGUAAAGUCGCUAACUCCCCCCCGUUGGGACGGAAAGGAGUCGCUAACUCCCCCCCGUUGGGACGGAAAGGAGUCGCUAACUCCCCCCCGUUGGGACGGAAAGAAGUCUCUGCGUCCAUUGCUCACAAAACUGUCACCCCUGUGUCUAACCCCCCUCCGGUCUCUACUGAGGAACAAGCUCGUCCCUCUACCAGCCCCCCUAUUCGCACCUCAGGGGCGGUCAGACUGGAGUUUGACUAUUCUGAGGAGACCCUCGAGGAGCCUCCUAAGGCCUCUCCACCUCCCAAGAAGCUGGGCAGGAAGCCAGGCUCCAAGAUGCCUCUGAGGAAGCCCAGGAUGGGCCUGAAGAAGGUCGUCCAGCCGCCAUCGGAACCCCUCGACAACACACCCGCCACCGUCCCCGGUGAUGACCUCCCUAUCCAUAAGGCUUCCUAUAACUUUGACCCCGCCCAGUGGGACGACCCUAACUUCAACCCGUUCGGCUCGAACAGCGAGAUCCCCGUCUCUCCCAAGCUGAAUAAACCCUCCCGUAGAUUCGACUCUGACACCUUCGACGAGUCUGCUGCCUUCAAGUCCUCCUCCAAUAGCAUGGCUGCGUCUCCGCCCACGGCUGCCUCAGGCUCCGCCUCCUUUGAGGUGUCGGCCAAUGACAAUGAGGUUGAUAACGAUAAUGAUAACGUUGGGGAGCUGGAGGACCACAACCAGAACAAACCAUCCAAAACGAAGAAGAAACCUAUCAAAUCGAACACUUUCAGAGUCAAGAGGUCCCCAAAGAGGUCGGCCAUGUCUGAUCCAUCAUCACAAGAGCCCACCCCAGUAGAUGAAGCCCAGCCUCCUAUCCCCCCGCUACAGGACGACCACGCCACAGACGAGGAGAAGCUGGCCUCUUCCUCCAAUCACAAAGAGAAGCUUGCUUCCUCAGCCAAUCACAAAUGGGCAUCCAUGGAGGCGGAGCUAACCUCUGACCCCCAGGAGGACUUCCCGCAGCCAGCUGACCUCACAGCCUUCGUCAACGAGAACAAUCGAGUGCCAGACUAUGAGAUUGAGUACAUGGAGAAGAUCGGCCCCCCUUCGCCGACUCUGUUUGUGAAGAAACCUUCGACUCUCUACCUGAAGCUGGACUCUGUGACAGACAGCCUGACCAAGCCUAACCAAGGAUCAGAACUCAACUCUCCCUGCACAGGGUACAACACACUGGGGAGUUUUGAGGAGAUAGAGGCCCAGAUCACAGCCCAGAUGAAGACUCCUGUGCUGGGCUCCAGACCUGCUCCUGAAGGGUCUCGACCCGGUCUUGAGGGGUCCACUGGAGAGAAAGAGAAGACCAGGAAGAGAGAGAGCCAGUCACUCAGCCGGACACAGAGCACAGACAUUGAGCAUGGUGCGAAACCCAGCCAGGGCUCUAUGGAGGUCCAAGGUCCAGCCCCUGGCCCAUCCCCAGACGUACCCUUCUUAGCCAGGCUGUCUGAGUGCCCUGACCCCCUAGCCUACCUGGAGGCUGUGGAGACUGACCUGGCAGAGACCAACCCCACUGCUUUCGCCCUCAAACUACAGGAGGAACUGGUUCUAGCUGCUCUGAGGAUAGAGGCUCUUCAGGUAGCCAAAUACAUCUCAGACAGCCCCUCCCUCUCCACUGUCACCCCCCAGCCUGGCUUCGGCGAGCAGCAGAGAGACAGAGAAGUGAUGUCAUCAACACUGGACAGGGACUGCGCGGAUACCAAGAGUUCUCUCUACACCCGGACAGCGGGCUACGGAGAGGGGGAGAGGGAGAGCGCCUAUCCACCCAAAGACAUGGAGCACUCCCUGGGCAUCGCACGAGAAGAGAUCGUGUCCAAGGAGAAGGAGGUACUGGAGUGGCAGAGGAAGUACGAGGACAGUCGACAGGAAGUGCUGGAGAUGAGGAGAAUCGUGGCAGAGUAUGAGAAGACCAUUGCACAGAUGAUUGACGAUGAGCAGAAGGAUAAGUCUCUGUCUCACCACACCAUCCAGCAGCUGAUCAUAGAGAAGGACCAGGCUCUUUCAGACCUCAACUCUGUAGAGAAGAGUCUGGCUGAACUGUUCAGACGUUACGAGAAGCUGAAGGACGUCCUCGAGGGCUACCGCAAGAAUGAGGAGGUGCUGAAGAAAUGCGCUCAGGAGUAUCUGUCCAGGGUCCGUAAGGAGGAACAACGUUACCAGGCCCUGAAGAUCCACGCCGAGGAGAAACUAGACAAGGCGAACUCCGACAUCGCCCAGGUGAGGAUGAAGUCCCGUCAGGAGACAGCAGCGUACCAGGCCUCUCUCAGGAAGGAGACUAUGAAGGUGGACUCACUGGAGAGAACUCUUGAGCAGAAGAACAAAGAGAUUGAAGAACUGACCAAGAUCUGUGACGAGCUGAUCGCCAAGAUGGGAAAGAGCUAGCAACACUGAAUACGUCCAUGUCUCCAGGGCCUGAGGGGGAAGGAGUGGUAUAGAAGAAAGAACCACAUCCUCAUCUUUUUCUCUUCUUUUACGUCCAAACCUUCCCUUUGGACUGAUGGGCAGUUGGACAGAUGGACAGUUGGACAGUUGGACAGAUGGACAGCUGGACAGAUGGGCAGCUGGACAGAUGGGCAGUUGGACAGCUGGACAGAUGGGCAGUUGGACAGAUGGACAGCUGGACAGAUGGACAGCUGGACAGAUGGACAGCUGGACAGAUGGACAGCUGGACAGAUGGACAGAUGGGCAGAUGGACAGUUGAAGCCACAGUGGUUUCUGGAUUUAAUAUACUACUGACUGACUGUGUACAUGUAUCUACUGGCAUCAUUGCACCCCCAGAGUAUUGGGAAGGGUCAAUGGUUGUCUUCUGUUUCACCCAGUACAUUUUGAUGUGCCAAUGUGCAAAACAUGUCCUGUAUCAGGGAUCCGGUGAAAGAGUGUUUUGAAAUGUACUCUAUAUCAUAAAUGAGAGAGAGAGUGUGGUGUGUGUGGGCGUGUGUGUGGGCGUGUGUGUGGGCGUGUGUGUGGGGGUGUGUGUGGUGUGUUGGGUAUGCACAAGUGUGCAACUCAGUCUCAUGUACACAUUUACAGUUUGUACACAUGUUGUGGUGUGUGUGUGUGUGUGUGUGUGUGUGUGUGUGUGUGUGUGUGUGUGUGUGUGUGUGUGUGUGUGUGUGUGUGUGUGUGUGUGUGUGUGUGUGUGUGUGUGUGUGUGUGUGUGUGUGUGUGUGUGAAAGCGUGUGCGUGAUAGAGAGAAAAGGUGAGUGCAUUGAUUGAAGAUAGACCGAUAUGCGAUGUGGUUGCCAUGACAGCAAAUGAUAGGGAAAGACGGUUCCCUCCUCCAACUCCUCAACACUAGAGAGUGAAACACAGAGGAAAAGAAACCCAUAUAUAUAUAUAUAUAUAGAAUAAAUCAAUGAAUCGUUCAGUUAAUAAGAAAUAUACUUGAUCACAGAGAACUGCAUGUGGAAGUAGAAAAAUAGAAACGUCUUUUUUGUUUUGUAAGUAGGAAGUUGAUGAUUAUAAUAGAGAUAUAUAUAUAUAUAUAUAUCUGCAUUUUGAUACAAUAUUGUGUUUAAAUGGCUUCCCUUGGUCGUGUUAUCGUGCAGAUACUUUGUGAGGCCUAAUUUUAUGUCAUAUCUUUUCUUGGAGGAAAAAAAAAACUAAACCUGUGAUGGGAUUUUAUUUAUUUUUAUUUUAAUAUUGAGGAUGUUUGACCGGUAAUUAUUCCUGUAAUAAUCAGGACUGAGGGUAGAUAAAGUAAUUCAAUCUGUCACAGUCCCUGUUAUAAUUGAUGUGUUCACAAGGUGGAGCUCCGCACAGCUACACGUCCGGGUUCAAAUGGCGAGUGUUGGUUCUGAGUGCUAGAUGGGCGGAGUUUGCAGUUUUGGGACUAUUCUAUUAAUCUGUUAAACCAGGCAAGAUCAAUCAAGCACCGAUAAUGUAACUGAAUUGAUUUCUAAUACUAUUUGAACCCAGGUCUGCACAGCUAUAGUGUACAGCAUCUGAAACGUGAAACGUGAAAUAAAGGAUGACAAUAGAAA